CUGGGAACGAAGCGUUCGAGCGAACUCCGGGAUCUGUCGGAGAAAACACGCCGGGAACACGCACGGAAGAGACGCACUUGAUCCAGUAGCAGUCUCUCUCGUCUGUCAUCGUGGGAUAUUCAUUCUGUCAGCCGUCCCAGCCAUUUCACGAGAUUCCACUUGGCCAGCCGCACAGUCGCGAUCAUGGUUUGCAGAGCCGAUGAAAAAACUCAAAUAUGUGUGGUCCAAUUCAAUUUACCUUACGAGACUAAUCAUAAACUUUGCACUAGUGACAAAUUUUCCUUAUAUGUAUCUACACGUGUGAAAGAUCUUUACAAUUAUAUUGAAGAACAUUAUCAUAUGCAACCAGAUAGCUUCAGAUUGCUUCUAUACACAACAACAUGCAAAAUGAUUCAUUUGUCUGAUGUGAAAGACAAAACAAUGGAAGAAAUUGGAGUAGAUUUCUCGAUUGAUCCGAGUUUAGCUGGAACAAAAAAUACUUUAUUUGUUGUUGAUCCACAACGACCCUUUGUUGUUGAAGAAAAAAAUAUGGAAUAUAGUCUGCCAACAUAUAAUCUCGCAGGAGCUCCAACUCCUCAGCCACAUAUGUGGGGAGAAGAAGAUAUUGUGAGGGAAGAUGUUAGAGAAGAUGUUAGAGAUGUUAGAGAUGUUAGAGAUGGUAGAGAUGGUAGAGAUGGUAAAGAGGAAGUUAACUUUAGAAGUUUCAUUAAAACCGAGACAAGUUAUGUUGGUUUAGUCAAUCAAGCAAUGACGUGUUACUUAAAUAGUCUUCUCCAAGCGUUAUAUAUGACGCCAGAAUUUCGUAAUGCGCUAUAUAAUUGGGAAUACAUAGAUGGAUCAGAAAAAGAUGAAGCUUUAAGCAUACCAUAUCAAUUACAAAAAUUAUUUCUUAAUUUACAGACAUCUACAAAAUCUGCAGUGGAAACAACAUCUUUAACUAAAAGUUUUGGAUGGGAUUCUACUGAAGCAUGGCAGCAGCAUGACAUUCAAGAGCUUUGUAGAGUUAUGUUUGAUGCAUUGGAACAGAAAUUUAAAAAUACAGAACAGGCGGAUCUAAUCAAUAGACUCUAUGAAGGAAAGAUGAUUGAUUAUGUUAAAUGUCUUGAGUGUGGAACAGAAAAAUCAAGAGAAGAUACAUUUCUUGAUAUCCCAUUGCCAGUUAGACCAUUUGGAAGCAACAUUGCGUAUAACAGUGUGGAAGAAGCAAUUAGAGCAUUUGUUCAGUAUGAAACAUUAGAAGGAACUAAUCAGUAUCAUUGUGAAAAGUGUAACAAAAAAUGUGAUGCACAUAAAGGAUUAAAGUUUACAAAGUUUCCAUAUUUGUUAACUUUACAUCUCAAGCGAUUUGAUUUUGAUUACAAAACUUUUCAUAGAAUCAAGCUUAAUGAUAAAGUCACGUUCCCAGACAUAUUAAAUUUAAAUUCCUUUAUCUCGUCCACAACGAGUCAAGAAUCCCCUGGUGGUGAGGAAGAUAUUGGCUUAGGUAUCAAAUGCGAUGAUAGUUCUACAACGGAUAGCGGUACUUUAGAUGACGAUUGUGCACCGUGCGACAACAGUCUUUUCAACAGUAAUCAUUCAGGCAAUCAUGAUCCAGAUGAAGGUAUCGAUAUGAGCAAUGGACCAUCGACGUCGAGUUGUACUACGCAUAAUCAUGAGAAUGAAAAUAAUCGUAGUACUUAUACGCUAGGAAAAGGUCCAUAUAUGUAUGAACUGUUUUCAAUUAUGAUUCACAGCGGCAGUGCGAGUGGUGGCCAUUAUUACGCUUAUAUAAAGGAUUUCAGAACACAAGAAUGGUUAUGUUUUAAUGACCAAAGUGUAACUCAGAUAACUCACGAUGACAUCCAGAAAACAUAUGGUGGUGGACCAUCAAGGGCAUAUUAUAGUGGUGCAUAUAGCAGCAGCACAAACGCAUAUAUGCUUAUGUAUAGGCAAAUUGAUCCUAUUCGUAAUACUUUGCCUAUGCAAACCCAAGAUUUUCCACGACAUAUUCAAGAGUUAUUGAAAAAAAUGAAAGAAAAUGAAGAAAAAGUAAAUAAAUUAUUGAAAAAAAUGAAAGAAAAUGAAGAUAAUGAUAGAAAAAAUUGUGAGAAACAAAUGUCCAUACCUAGGUUGAUAAUAUACUGUCACCAUCCGGUAGAAGGAAGAUUGAUGAAUAUUAAAUCCUGUGUCAUGUCUGACAUUACGUGGGCUGAGGCAACAGAGAAAGCAUAUAAGAGAUUUGGCCUCGAAAAUGUAGUGAGUCUAGAUCAAUGUCGCUUAGUUAGUUAUGACCAUAAUACGGAUUCAAUAGAAUGCAGUUACGAUGAUCGAGAGCACGAAUCUGUUGGAAGUAUAUGGCGUUUUUCACGUCGAUUCGAUUUAUUGUUAGAAAUUCGUCGCAAAGAUCAAAAGUUUGAGACAUAUUUACCAGGUGGGGUUGCAACUAAGGUAUUUGUCAUAGAUGUAGCCAGAGAGGAGGUAAUUGAUGGUCCGAUCGAUAUUCGAGGUUCUUUGUCACAAAGUGUUAAAGAGUAUAAACAAAUCGUAGGAAAAAUUAUUAAUAUGGAUCCUAAGCAAAUGAAAGUAAUAUUGCGAAAGCAUCCAGAGACUAGACCUGUGGAAAAUGAUGAUAAUGAUCUUCAAACUGAAGGAUUUUAUAAUGCAAAUAAAGUAUUCAUAUCAACAAUGUAUGAUAUAGAUAAUAACAAACCAUUUCAAGAAUCAACAGUAUACAGAGUCAUAGAAAAUUUUAGAUACGUUAUUUCAUUGCAUGUCCAGUUACCAGACAUCAGCAAAGAAACAUUGGAAGAAUUGAAUAUCCCUUUAUUAGAUGAUAAACAUGAGGAAAAAGAGAAACCCGUUAGCAAUGGUUCACCUAAAUUGUGCAUUCCUGAAUCACAUUGGGACAUCAAUUUGAAAUACAAUGAAAAUUCAAAAGGUUGUACACGAAGUAACGAGGAUACCACCAUUCGAAAUAUAAGUCCUCAGUUAGGCGAAGCUGAGGAGUGGAAUACACCUGAACAGAGUAAUAGCGAAGAUAGUAGCCUUAGCGAUAGCGAUAAAACGUUAGUUGGCGAUGCACCGGAAGGUGUCGACAUUGAACCGCAAUCGUGGCAUAGGCACUAUAGAGAUUAUAAAAUUUCAAAGCAAUUCGAAAUAGAAAAUUGGGACAUCGAUGACGACUCUGAUUACUACUUUAGAGCUACGCCGUAUACAGAUAGUACUCAACAAAAAUUACUUAAAGUAUUGGUGGAUAAAAGAAUGAGAUUAAGCACUUUAAAAAAAGAUUUAGAACCGUUCGUAAAUGUACCUGUAGAUUAUUUUAAAAUUUUUCGUUUAUCGAAUUCCGGUGAAUCAGAAUGUAGCUGUUUAACAGAACAACUUAAUUCGUACGAGGAUGGUGAGAGACUUAAUGUGGAACUCGGACGAGCCUUACGUAGCGGGGAAUUUAAAGUAAAAUUAUAUCAACUAUUGAUCGAUUCCGCUGAGCCUUACAAAUUUUUAUGCGAAUGGAUCGUCUCAAAAGAUAUGACGAUCGGGCAUGCGAAAAAAGAGAUAUUGGCAGAAAUAAAGAGAAAAUAUGAUAUAGACAUACCAUACGAAAGAUGUCGGCUUAGGAAAAAAUAUUAUAAGACUGCUUCAAAAAUAUUCCUAAAUGAACAGAAAUUCGAGGAUCUUCGAUUUCACUCGCAAUUUGAAAUGAUUAUUCAAGAAUUACCAGAUAAAGAAACAGUCACAAAUACCAAUCAGAUCGUCCUGUUUGUCAGAAGGUGGUUACCAGCAGACCUGCAACUAGAACAAUUUCAAGAAAUUGUCAUGGAUAACAGAACCGUAGAAGAAUUAAAAAAGAAGCUUUCCUUAAUAUCAGAUAUUCCAGAAGAAUAUAUAGAUAUAGCAAAGGGAAAAGGUAAUUUUCCAUGUGACAAUUGUUCUGUGCUUCGAAUUCAAAAUGAGCUUGAUUGGAACGAACAUCACGAUAGUUUAGCUUUCAAUUUUGAAGAUGGUGCCGUUUUCUUAUAUAGGGAUAAUAGGGAAAAACCAAAACAGUUAAAUGCUAAUGAGGUACUGCAAAUCGCUUUUAAGGAAAAUUCACGUUUAACACCACUUACUACCGCUUCAAGUUACAGUCCACGUCGAGAGAGAGCACUUAAAAUAUAUUUGGAUACCGAAUGAUUGUUCAUAGAGAAAGAGCACGCGUCUCUUAAAAACAAAUUACUAAAUAGGCAGGUGUGUAAACACAAAACAUUUGCACAUAAAUUGUUUGUAUAUUGGGUAUUUGUGAAAUCGGCAUGUCAUCAAAUACUAUAUAUUUUGUGUUUCAAUAAGUUUUCAGCAUUUCAAAGCUUUCGUGUUUCUAAGGAUUUUCGAUUUUUCUUUGAAACUACUGAAUUUUUAAGACUGUUUGAAUUCAUGAAUUGUUAUAUAGCAAUACAUAAUUCGGAAUCUUGGUAUCCAUAUCUGAUUUCGAGAUUUCUAGAAUUUAUAUGAAAUAUAAAAUAUAAUAUGCGGUAUAUCACUUGGUCUGUUAUAUUAAUUUUCUAUUUUUAAAGUCAAUAGCACACAUAAUUAGCCAUAAACAAUCUAAUAAUAUGGUAGCAAGCGAAGUUUUUGAUACAAAUUUAAUGAAAAUUCAUAU